AUGAAGAAAAAGCCUCCCGACAACGAUUUUACUUCAACAUCGUUACAACGUUGUCGUGAUAUUAUUUAUAUAAACGUAUUUGAUGAAGUUGAAGUUAAUUUACCAAUUAUUGAACGUGAACGAGAACAAACUAUUCAUAAACGUAUCUCUCGAAAUUGGUUAGGCUCAAUUAGAAUACCAUUUGCAAAUGUUUACAUUAAUUCACGUUUAGAAGGUACUUAUAUAGUGAAUGUUCCGAGUCCAUUACUUGGUUAUACACGAGACCGAGGAUCAUCACAAGCACGAUUUUACUCAAACGCAAAUCUUGAUGUGCCACUAAAUCCAAGUCUUUUAAGAAUGUUCAUCACAAUGGAACCUCAAUUAAUACCACCUGAAACUUUAGUACAAACGCUCGAUAGUACAGAAUCUUUUGAAUUGCUAAACCAUGCACGUGAAUGGGUACAAGAAUUAAUAACCGCAUUCCCUGAUCGUGAUUAUAAAGCAACUGUGUCAGAUAUAACCGGUCGUGCCGUAUUUAUUACACGUUUUUUACACCCAUUGACACCACCACCGCUUUCCAUCGACGAUUCCCUACCUCCACAAGUAGCUGCCUCCACAACAGCUGCACCACUUGCUGCAAAUGAAGAUCGAUCAAAUAUUCAGAGUCAACGAGUAGCUCGAUUUGUAUCGAUGAUUCCAUUUUUAUCUGAUUCAAUAGCUUUUCCGGGCAUAUGCGACAUUUGGGAAACGUCGGCCCAAUUUCUACAAACAAUGGCAGGUGAUGAUGAAGAACAUGCAGUAUUGUUAAAUAAUUAUUUUACAUCAUUAAAUAAACGAGCAUGGAUAGCACUAGGAAAAUCGAUUUACAGUGGGCCAUGCUGUUUUGUUCUCACACAGGAGGGUGAUAGAAAAUUUUCGUGUUGGUCGGUGUCCGAUGGGGUUGGUGUAUCCACAAGAGAUACAUGGAAUCAAAUACAAAAUAUUUAUCUAUUGGCAAAUGAAGAAAAUGUACGUAAUUCAAAUUGUUUAACCCUGAUACGACUAGGCAUGCACUAA